UUUAAUAAAAACCUGGCUGUUUGGACUUUGGUAGAGCAUUUUUGUCAAAUCUGAGCAUGUGGUUUGGACUAAAUACACGAAUUAAAAACAAAAAAACAAAACUUUAGAGUACCAGCACGUUUGUAAAAUAUAUAUAAGUUACAAGGAAGGAUACUACGGGCCUGGGUAUGGUUAAUGAACGAUGACGUUUUGUUUGGUGAUUAUUUUUUUUCUUAUUUCUCUUGACUCGUGUCGAGUUUGAUUCAUAGUCGCCGGUCUUGUUCCAGGUCAUCUUUUCCAGUGGCCGAGCAAGCUGCAUGCCCUUUUGUUUUCACGUUUUAACGUUUAAGGUAACACACACACACUGAAAAGAUAAACAUAUUGGUGUCACCGUUAAGUGUCUAACGCCUAGCUUAAAAAGAAAAAGAAAAGAGGAUGACGAAGAUGUCAUUUAGAAUUUGUCUCCUCCUGCUGGUGGAGCUCUGGGCAUGCUGCUGGGGUGAAAGGUUGAAGCCGACCAGUUACCCCAUCUUCUCUCAAAAGGCCUUUGCCUUGGUCUGGAAUGCGCCCACUGAGGACUGCAGACCGCGGUACGGGGUGACGCUCAAUUUAAAACAGUUCCAGGUCACGGCCUCACCCAACGAGGGCUUCGUGGGGCAGAAGCUCACCAUCUUCUACAAGGACCGCUUGGGACUUUACCCCUAUCACACCGAGAAAGGGCAGCCUGUCAACGGGGGGAUACCCCAGCUUGCCCACCUCCGAGAACACCUAGCAAAGAUGCCAGAAGGGAUGGACAAAUACAUCCGAGAUGCCCAGUCCAGCGGCCUGGCUGUGAUCGACUGGGAGGAGUGGAGGCCCCUGUGGAUCCGCAACUGGGACACCAAGGACGUUUAUCGCAACAUCUCACGCUCCAUGAUCGCCCAGAAGAACCCGGGCUGGACCAAGGAACAGCUGAACAAGAUGGCCCAAGUAGAGUUUGAAGCCUCUGCCAAGGAGUUCAUGCUGCAGACCCUGAGGAUGGCCAAGAGCCUGAGGCCCAACCAGCUCUGGGGCUACUACCUCUUCCCGGACUGCUACAACCACGACUACAAGAACAGCCUGAAGGACUACACUGGCCGCUGCCCCGACGUGGAGAUCAGCCGCAACGACCAGCUGGACUGGCUGUGGGAGGAGAGCACAGCCCUCUACCCCUCCAUCUACAUGGGCACUGUGCUGCGCUCCAGCGAGUCCGGGCGCCAGUUUGUGCGCAACAGGGUCAAGGAGGCCAUAAGGCUGGCAUCUGUCGGGGAGGGGCUGGCACGGCCGGUCUUCGUUUACACACGGCCCACCUACUCUAACGGGCUGGAGCUGCUCUCUCAGAUGGACCUGGUCUAUACCAUUGGGGAGAGUGCAGCUCUGGGAGCUGCUGGACUCAUCUUUUGGGGAGAUGCAACUCAUGCCAGCAGCUCUGCUAGCUGCGGGGUGCUGCGGGACACCUUGCAGGGGACGCUGGGGAGCUACCUGCUCAACGUGUCGAUGGCGGCACAGCUCUGCAGCGACUCACGGUGCAGCCUGAACGGGCGCUGCGUGCGGCUCAACCCCAACACCAACACCUACCUGCACCUGAACGCCCGCAGCUUCCAGAUCACACAGGAGGAGGGCAGCCUGAAGGUGAAGGGGGAGCUGAGCUCCGCUGACAGGGACGACUUCCGGAAGGACUUCAUCUGCCAGUGCUACAGCAGCUACAGCGGGGACUCCUGCGGGGUUCAGGAGGCUGGGGCCCAGAGGGGUGCUGCCCUCUGUCUGACACCCACUAUCGCCGCCCUGCUGGCAGUGUUGGCUCUGCAGGUUCUCCUCCAGUAGUGCUAUGAAACAAGAACAGCAUGUCAAGGACAAAUUAAACUCUCUAGAGACUCCAAACCAGCAUUCCUAAUCCCGGAAUAGCUUUCCCAAAAGAUAAAUGAAUUCGUAGCUAUUACCAAUGUGUCCAGGGAUAACCAAAACAGUAAAUAAACCAAAAUCAUGAUGGAAAAUCUGAUCUUUUGGAGGAGGGUAAUCAACCUAUGAGAGUUAUCCAAAGAAUAAAUAGCAAUUAUUAAUUAUGAUUGCAUUCUUCCAAAGACUUUGAUGGACCACAGCCUUCACCCUGAAGCGCAGCGUGAAGUGUCCAAAGAUUGUUUCUUGUUCCACAUGCCAUUGUGUGUCACCUUUCUCAAGAUAACACUGAUCUGUGUUAUUUUCCAGGGUUUACAGGAAUCUAGUCUCCAUACCUCAACUCGGUGCCACCAGCUUUACCUUUAUUCAAGAGCUGUUUUUCUUGCAGGCAGUGUAAACUCACUUACAGUAUUUGCUAUCUGUCCCGAAUUUAAAAUCAGGCUGCAAGCAGAAAAAAAGAAAGAAGUGGUGAAGUUUGUAAACACAGCUGAAUGCUUUUAACUUUGCUCAUAUGUUCAGAUACACAAUUAUAAAAAAGAAAGAAAAGUGAAAUCCAAAUGCUUUUAAUACAUUUGCUUUAAAAACAAAACAAAAGGAUAUAACAUUGAAGGGGGGUGUAUCUGGAAAUUAGUUAAACCACAGCUUGUUUAUUUAAAAAAAACAGGGCAAAAGAGAGUUUGUGAAGGUUCUUUGUAAAGACAAGUUAAUCUCUGGACAUAAACUAAAGAUAAAUGUCAGUCCGCAUCUCAAGGCUAAUUUGGACCCCCCCCCCCCCCCUCCCCCAUUCUGCAUUCCUCUGUUUAUUGUCUUUGAUACAAGACUCCAAGCACAUUCCACCUCCACACGUCCACAUUGAAAGGGUGUGCCUCUCUCUCUCUCUCUCUCUCUCUCUCUCUCUCUCUCUCUCUCUCUCUCUCUCUCUCUCUGUGCUAGCUUUAACAUUAUUUUCAAGGACAAAAAAAAAACAAAAAAAACUGGAAAACACGAUUGUGUAAUAAAACCUCAGCUUGUAAAAGAAGACGCUCACCCCUUUCUGGUUUGCUUAACAUUUACGAAACCUCCACGGCUGUCUUUGUAAGCUGGUUAGUGGCAUUGUGUUUUCACAGGCUGGCCGAAUCACCUUUGGGUGUGUGUUCUAAAGACAUGCAGAGGCUGUUUCAAACACAGGUAGAUGGCCACUGACCAUUAAAGAACCUUUUUACAUUUUUGUUAACUUUUGACUUUUGUUUCAUUAUCUCCUGAUGUCAAGCAAUGUAAUUCUUGAUAUAUGAGUGCAAUCAUGUAUAAAGCAAAGCAAACUGGAUUUUUAUUGGUUUUUUUUUUGCCAACUAGAAUGAUCUGCAAAUGUAACCUGAUCUAAAUUAUUGUUUAAAUGUCAGGUGUUCUUAUGAACAUGUUGUAUUUGUAUUGUUUUGAAUACAGUGUUUAAAUAUGUUUUCAGUGAUGCUGUACAGCUAACUUUGUUAUGAUGGUUUGUUGUUUGUCAAGGACUGCUAAAGCAACGGAAAUUUCUUCCAUGGGAGGAAAAAAACAAACAAAAAAAGCAACAUAUAAUAUUGUUCAUAUUUAAGCUAAUCUGUGUGAUGAAUAUAUAACCCUGUAUUGCUGCAAGCUGACGCAGGAGCGUGUCUUUGGCUCACACAGUUUUGUAUAUUUCAUCAUGACUGUGGCACAUUGCUGCUUUAAGGUCACUGGGCACGAUGUUGUAGCUUUAAACAAAACAAACCCAAAUCAUUUACAGCCCGGAGCAAUGGCUCGAUCCCUGAGCAUAAUGAGUCAUCACAUAAACCUGCAUUAAAAUGAGAGCCAAUACUAA